AUGCAUAGAAGAGUACCUGGCCAUUUGCUGCAGUGCACCAAUGUAUCCGAGGUCUUGGACUUCUUGGGCUUUCGCGGCGCCCGUGCCGCGAACCCCUCGCGAUGGUCCGCAGAGGAGUUGGCUCGCGUGCUUCACGCCCUGGCCCGCUGGCAGCGGCACUCCCAGACUCCGAUGGCGGAGGAUCCCCAAUGGCUUUUGAUCACCUCGGCCGCCCAGAACGUGCACUUGGAGCCGCAGCCCUUGGUCUCCGUGGCCUGGGCGCUGGCCACCACCGCCACGCGCGGCGUGACAAUCCGACGCGCCGUCCACGGCCGUCUCAAGGAGUUCCAGCUGAAGGACCUGGCGCGCUUGGCCUGGUGCAGCGUGGAGCUUGAGCGCCCGGAGGUGAUGCUGAUCACCCUGGCGGACGAGGUCACCCACCGCGUCACCGGCGCCCGCGGAGCCCGCACGGGGCCGAUCCUGAGCGUCCUGGACGCCUCGCAGAUGGCAUGGGCCAUGGCGCGAACGCUGGUGGAGAGCCAUCCGUUGAUGGGUGUGCUUCAGGAGGAGUUGAGCCUUCAGUUGACGUCCUGCGACGCACGGCAUUUGUCCAACAGCCUUUGGAGCUUUGCCAAGCUGGCCUGCGCCGAUCCGCCGUUUUUCCACCGAGCGGCCCUGGCCUUUGCUGCGAGCUGCGCAAAGACUGGCGCGCAGGAGUUGACGAAUUGCGUUUGGGCCCUGGCUGCCGUCUCGCACCGUGCCGAUGUUGGGGAAGACUUGAUCAUGCAAGCCAAGGCACAGCCACAGCUGAGCCACCAGCAGCUAGCAAACCUGCUGUGGUCUGCAGCUCGGUUGUCCUGCGGACGGGAUCUCUUCGCAGACUUGCUAGGCCUUUGCAAGAAGCAGAUCUUGGACAUGUCCUUGGUGCAACUCAGUGCCGUCGCAUGGGCCUGCGCAGCGCUGGGCGGCCGAUCGCGCUCGGCCCAGACGAAGCGCUCGGGCUACAGGGAUUCAGAACUGCUGCAGAAGCUGGAGCUGGUGGUAGCAAACAGGCACGCAGAGUUCACAGGUCGAAUUUUGACCAACCUUCUGUGGGCCUUCGCCACCUUCUCCCAGGCCUCGCCUGCCCUGGCCGCAGCUGCAGGGCGCGGCGGUCUCGCGAUGACGGCACAGGAGGUCUCGGUGGCUGUGUGGGCGCUGGCGACGCUCGAGGAGGCGGACACGCUUCGAGAGAUGCAGAGCCCCCAGGGUGCGGUGAGCAGUGGAUCCUUUGAAGCUUUGCAGCUGCACGAGGUUGCCAGCCUGGCCUGGGGCCUGGGAAGUGCCACACCGAAGACGAACCCGGUGGGUGCCGUGCGGACGUUCAUCCGCCGGUACGUUUUUGAGAUGCCCACCUUGCCGGCUUCUGCUGACCAACGUGCCCUGGCAAUGCUGGCUCGUGGCUUGCUGAAGUUGGAUUUGCAGGAUGCCUUUGCAAGCUUGUUGGAUCGCACGCUACUGGCGAAGAUAGACUUGGCACCUGACUUGGCCAGUGCUUUCAUCUCUGGCAGCGUGCAACUGGCCGACCUCGAGCGGGAGCAGGCUGUUUGGGCCUCCCUUCCUCACGCCCCGCCGCGCGCCUGGCGGGAGGCGGAACUGCUCCGCUUCGUCCGACGCUGGGCGGCCGGGAGGGCUGCGGAGGUGCUGGUGGCUGCGGAGGACUUUUGCGCCUCCAGGAAGGUUUGGCUGAAAGUGGCUGGAGGGCAGAAAGCUGAUCUUUUAGAAGCUGUGGUACGUGUGAUCCAGCCGCGCCGCGUCUUAGAGGUGGGCUGCUACGUGGGCUACAGCGCAGUGCGCCUGGGGUCUGCGGUGCGGUCCUGGCACGGUGAGGUGUGGAGCGUGGAAAUGGAUCCGAUCUAUGCGCGGCUGGCGCGGCAGGUGGUGGAGCAUGCAGGGUUGUCAGAGGUGGUGAAGAUUUGGGUGGGCCACAGUGAGGAGGUUUUGCCACGAAUGACCAGAGGUGCCACCCCGUUUGACUUGGUCUUCUUCGACCAGCGGGGCUCACGCUUCUUGAAGGAUCUUCAGCUUCUGACCAGGUCAGGCGCGUUGUCCCCCGGUGCAGUGCUGGUGGCCGACAACGUCUUAAAGCCGGGUGCUCCCAAGUUCUUGUGGCAGAUGGUGGAGCCCGGUCCCUGGCGCAGCGCGGUGGUGGAGCUCAAGGACUUCGGGCCAUGUGGAGUUCUGGAUUGGAUGUCGGUCUCGAGAUGGGAAGGGGCGGAGGCUGUGGAGCGGCACUUCGAGUCAGAGGCGCCGGAGCUGGUGAGACAGUUGGAAUGGCAGGCAGAUGAGAUGAGAUGGAGAAGCAUUGACGGUCAUGUGUCGCCAGCAGAAUGGGAUCAGUUCGCAGUGCGGAUGAAGGAUUCUUUCUUCGCAGCAGGCUUGCACCCUGACAUGAAGAAGAUCGAAGAUCUUGACAGCUGGCUGGGUGAUCACAAGCAUGGAAGGCUACGUUGA